AUGGCGCGUCCCAUCCUCCUUUUCUGCUGCCACCCGCUCACGGGCCACAUCACGCCCGUCCUGCGCAUCGCUGCCGGCUUGCACCAGCAGCUCGGAUGGCGCGUCUCCUUCCUCAGUGCCGCCUUUUUCCGUGCGCGCAUCGAGGCGGCCGGGCUGCAGUUCCUGCCGCUCGUGGGCGACGUGGCGGACCUGGACGAUGACUCGCUGUUUGACCGAAAAAAGGGCGGCGUGGACGGCCUGUCGCCAGAACAGGCGGCGGCCCUGCCCCAAUCGGUCACCGACAACCGGCACCAGGCACUGUGUGCGCUGCCGGGCGAGUGGGCCAGUCUGCAAGCAGCCGUGGACGCGCUGAUCCACGAAAAUCCGGGGAGCCGUAUCUUGGUGGUGACAGAGGCGUUCUUUUACGGCGCGAUGCCGCUCAAGCUCGGACUGUCUCUGCCACCGGCGGUCCUUCGUCGGUCGGUCUGCCUAUCGAUCACUGCGCCGGCCAUUCGCAGCGUCGACCAUCCGCCCUAUGGCUAUCCCGACUCCCUGGAGAAGACACCGGACAGACCCGCUCGCUUGGCCGCUCUCUGGAACGAGUGGAUCACCGCCAGGGCGGCGCCACUGAGUGCUCUCUGGCGAGAAAAGCUCAAGGAGGCGGGCCUGUCCGUCGACGAACGUGUCAAGAACAUCGUCUUCAUGGCCGGCGCCAACUACGUCUGCCAUGACGCGAUUGCCCAGGUCGGUGUGCCGUCGUUUGAGCUUCCCCGCAGCGACAUGCCUGCCGGCUUCCACAUUGUGGGCGUCGUCCCGCCUGUCGUUCUAGCUGCACCGCCGCCGUUUCCCUGGUGGGGCGAGCUCGUGUCCAACCAGGCGUUGCCUCUCAACGAUCGCAAGAAGGUGGUCGUUGUCGCACAGGGCACCGUCGAGACCGAACCGACGGAGCUCAUCGUACCCACGAUACGCCUUCUGGCGGACCGCACAGACGUACUGACGAUUGCCAUCCUCGGUGUUCGCGGCGCGUCGUUGUCGGAAAGCAGCGGUCCCCUGCCCGUCAAUUGUCGCGUCGCCGACUAUCUCUCGUAUGACGCCGUCCUCCCGUACGCCGCCCUCUGGGUCCACAACGGCGGGUACGGCGCAACCAUGCACGGCAUCAUCCACGGCGUGCCGCAGGUGCUGGCGGGCGAGACACAAGAUAAACCCGAGAGCGGAAAACGCGUGCAGUACAGCGGCCUGGGCAUUAACUUGGCGACGGCGCAUCCCACGCCUGAGGCGCUGGGUGCGGCCCUGGAUGCGGUUCUGUCAGAACCCAAAUAUGCGGCGACAGCUCAGGCAAUGCAGGCCGAGGCUGCGGCCAUGGACUGUGUUGGGAACGUCGAGAAAGUGAUACUGGAGGAAAUUCAGGCAUGCACAUAG